CCAUGGAAACUUUGAGUAGAGAGCAGUAAAAAGGAACAUUGAACAGAUGAUUCUAAGUGGAUUUCCAAGGUUUAUCCGUUGUAGAGUCUCACCAUUAUAUCAGAAUUUAAAACAACCAAAUAAUAAUCUUCAAACUGUCUCUCAUUCUACUCAUCGCCAUGGAAUUGUUGCAUGUAUAUCUACAAUUCCAUCAGAACCCAUAUCUUCAAGCCAGCUUCAAAUUCCUCUGUUUUUAAGAGAACCCAUUUAUUCUGCAACUGUAUCAGACUUGGAGAAAUGGAAGAAUUGGGCAAAAACCCUAGUUUAUUCAGUUGGGUCUAAGUUCUUGGAAACUGAUAAUGGACCUGAAGUUAAUACCUUGUGUAGAGAAAUUCAAUGGUUACUAGAAGAUGUGGUAGUUGAAGAGCAAAGGGUUUCAACUGAAGAGAAAGUUGUCAAGUUAAGAACUGAAAUGGAUCAGCUUUACUUAAUUUGGAAACAGAGGAUUGAACAAAGAAGACCUUUCCAAUACAUAGUGGGGUGUGAGCAUUGGAGGGAUUUGAUUUUGUGUGUUCAAGAAGGGGUUUUGAUUCCAAGACCUGAGACUGAAAAGAUUGUCGAGUUGGUUCAGGAAGUGGUUGCAAAAGAUGAGGGUUUAAGAGAGGGUUUGUGGGCUGAUUUAGGAACUGGCAGUGGUGCACUUGCUAUUGCAAUUGGGAAGGUUUUGGGUACUCAAGGAAAGGUCAUUGCCACGGAUUUGAGUCCAAUUGCUGCUUCUGUAGCUGAAUUCAAUGUCAAGAGGUACGAUUUGCAGGAUAAAAUUGAGAUAAGGCAAGGAUCUUGGUUGGAGCCGCUGGAGGAUGCUAAAGGCAAACUUGCAGGCCUUGUUAGUAAUCCGCCGUACAUACCAAGUUACCAAAUUUUUGGGCUUCAAGCGGAAGUAGGUAAACACGAACCAAGACUUGCACUAGAUGGGGGUGAAAAUGGCAUGGAUGAUCUUCUUCAUCUUUGUGAAGGAGCUGCUUCCAUGUUGAAGCCUGGUGGAUUCUUUGCUUUCGAGACAAAUGGUGAAAAACAAUCCAAAUUUCUUGUAAAUUUCAUGAUGAACCAUCCAAUAAGCAUGUUCCAAGAUGUAAGAAUAGUAGCUGAUUUUGCUGGUAUUGAACGUUUUGUAACUGGAUUCUGCCAGUAAGAAUACUAUAACUUUAUGUCUGUGUUAUUUGCUGUCUAGGUUAUAAAGUCACUUGCUUUCAUAUUAUGUGUAUCCGGAUAGGCUUACACAAUUUUAGAUUCUUUUGUAUUUUUCUCGGUUCCUCUUGAAAGUAGGCACUUACUGUGGGAUAUUGUGAUAUGUAUACCAUUUUCAGUCUUAAGAUAUAGAUUACAGAGAAAAUGUUUCAAGCAUUUGAAAAUUUUGUAUUUUCAUCUGGAGCAAUCUAUUGGAGUAUAAAAAUGUCUGUACAAUUUCAUAAAGUGUACAGGAAACAGUUGACGGAAUCCUUCAACCUCUGAAAAA